GGGCCAUCUGUCGCCCGGCUAUUCAACCCCCCAGGACAGCCAUGGUCACCCGCAAGGAUUCGCACGCCGGCUCGUGGUACACAGACAACGGCCAGCUUCUCUCACAGCAGCUUGACGGCUGGCUCCAAGCAGUGCCCGACUCGACGACGCCAAUCGGCUCGGCCUCGUCUCAGAAAGGCCAAGUCGCGAUACCAACGCCCAAUGCGCGGGCCAUCAUCGCCCCGCACGCGGGAUACUCGUACUCUGGGCCUGCCGCUGCCUGGGCCUACAAGAGCGCCGAUUGGGCCAAUGCGAAACGCGUCUUUCUGCUGGGCCCCUCGCACCACUACUACCUGACGGGCGCGGCUACAACGGGCUGCGACAAGUACCGCACGCCUCUCGGCGACCUGACGGUAGACACAACGCUGGUCAAGAAGAUUCAGGAAGAAUGGCGCUUGGAGACCAUGUCAAAGAGGACAGACGAGGAUGAGCACAGCUUGGAGAUGCAUCUGCCCUACAUCUACAAGAUGCUGUCACUGAAGAACCCAAGCUUUCAGAACGACCCAACCACAGUCCCUCUAGUCCCCAUCAUGGUUGGAAAUACUGACGCAUCCACCGAAGCUCAUUACGGCUCCUUGAUCGCCCCAUAUCUUGCUGAUCCUGCCAACGUCUUUGUCAUCUCGUCUGAUUUCUGCCACUGGGGCUCGCGCUUUCGCUACACAUACUACCAGCCUGCCGACGGCUCAACAGCCAUGCAGCUGAGAUCAAAUCCACGCGUCCCCAGCGACCACCCAAUACAUGCGAGCAUUGCGGCUGUCGACCAAGAGAGCAUGGAUGCCGUUGAGAGCAGAUCACACAGACAGUUUCUAGACCAGUUGAGGAAGACGGGCAACACGGUGUGUGGUAGACAUCCCAUUGGCGUCUUCAUGGCUGCAGUGGAAAAGGCCGAGGGGCUAGGACAGGACAAGGGCCAAUUCGCUUUCCUACGGUAUGAGCGAAGCAGUCUUGUCGAGGAUAUCAGUGACAGUAGUGUUUCGUACUGCAGUGCUUUUGCAGUGCUAUAGAGUUGACGUCAACUUCCAGCCACACAAGGAUGACGAGCAAAC